GGCAUCUGAUAGGGACACUUCCAAACAAGGCCAGACGGAGGCUAGAGAUCAACUUUCUGGAGCUUCUCAAUCUUGAAGGAGAAGUGAAAGUGUGAAAUACAACACGAUUGAAAAGGGCUUCAGGGCUUGCUCCUUCUCUGUUCGGAUUUCUGCGACCUUUUGCUGUUUUUGAAUAAGAAAGUUACUACCCAUCACAGCUGCAGAUGCAACAACAGAUGGGUAUUAGCAGCGGAGGAUGUGGUGGCGCCGGUGGCUUUGAACCCACUAGGCUCUCCCGGUUCCGGUCAGCUCCGGCGACUUGGUUCGACUCUCUGUUCCAAGAUGACGAGCUUCUUUCACAGACCCAAUGUCUCUCUCAAGCUCCUGUAAACAGUUCAACGACACCCAAUUUCAGAAACUCUGAAAAUUACAGUUCUGCCGAGGCUGACCCCAACUUCUUCCAGACUACCAUGGUUGCGCCUGGUCACAGCUCCUUCAGACAGAACAGUUUACCGGCAGAAUUUCUUUCUCAACUGAAUUCACCUUCAGGUGUUGGCUGCGAUGAAUUCAUGUCAAGCUUUAUGGGUAGUCAGGACUUACCUCCGUUGCCUGAUAUUCCAACUAAUAAGCGCGCCAGGGAAAGAAAUUCUGAACAGGAGGCAGCUAAUUUUGCUCAAGUGAAAGGAGAACGGAGUGGCAACUUACAAAGUGGGAUGUCUGGGUUCUUAGAUAUAGAGAUGGAGAAGCUUUUUGGGGAUUCUGUUCCUUGCAGAGUUAGAGCAAAGCGUGGCUGUGCGACCCAUCCUCGCAGCAUCGCAGAGAGAGUUAUAUUAGAUUGAUUAACCUUGCAUUUCUAAGCUCCUGAUCG